GCCGCGCUGCUCUCGGUGCUGGCCGCCGCCUCCUGCGUGUACCUGGGGCUGAGGACCAGCCAGCUCCAGGCCCGGGUCUCGGCCAUCGAGAGCGCCCACGGGGGCUUCUCUGCCGCCGCCGCCGCCUCCCGCCUGCUGCCCGGCUGCUCCCUGGACCAGCUCCAGUCCGUGGUGCAAGAGAAAGUGGAGCGGCUCCUCGCUCAGAAAUCCUAUGAGCAUUUGGCAAAAAUAAGAAUAGCAAGAGAAGUGCCUCCAGAGUGCAACUGCCCACCAGGCCCUCCAGGGAAACGAGGUAAGAGGGGCAGAAGAGGAGAGACAGGAAGCCCCGGUCAACCUGGUCCUCAAGGUCCUCCUGGUCCAAAAGGGGAGAAGGGAGAUCAAGGUGAUCAGGGCCCUCGGAUGGUGUUUCCUAAAAUCAAUCAUGGGUUUCUCUCUGCUGAUCAGCAGCUCAUUAAACGCCGCCUCAUUAAGGGGGACCAAGGGCAGGCUGGACCCCCUGGUCCUCCAGGGCCACCAGGACCCCGAGGUCCUCCAGGAGAUACUGGGAAAGAUGGGCCCCGAGGGAUGCCUGGAGUACCGGGAGAGCCAGGAAAACCAGGCGAGCAAGGAUUGCUGGGACCUCAGGGGCCUCCAGGACAAAAGGGGUCUCUUGGAGUGCCUGGUAUUCCAGGAAAGGACGGGCAAAUGGGUGAUCCAGGUUUGCCCGGUGCAGUUGGAGAAAGGGGAACACCUGGACUUAAGGGUGAUCCAGGAGAACGCGGAGAAAAGGGUGAUGCUGGAGAAAAUGGACCCAAAGGUGCCAUGGGUGAAAAGGGUGACCCUGGAUCAUCUGCUGCAGGAAUUAAGGGAGAACCUGGAGAAUCUGGUCGUCCAGGACAAAAGGGUGAACCAGGUCUCCCUGGGCUUCCUGGACUCCCUGGGAUAAAGGGUGAGCCAGGUUUCAUUGGUCCACAGGGAGAACCUGGGCUUCCAGGAUUACCAGGAACAAAGGGUGAGAAAGGGGAGUCAGGACCUCCUGGGAAAGGUGAACGAGGUGAACCUGGAGCUACUGGACCAAAGGGGAAAACAGGCGAACCUGGAACUAGAGGCCCAAAGGGGUCAAAGGGUGACACUGGUGACAAAGGUGAUACUGGUGCACUAGGUCCAAGGGGCCCACCUGGACAAAAGGGUGAUCAAGGUGCAACAGAGAUCAUUGACUAUAAUGGCAACAUCCAUGAAGCUCUGCAGAGGAUUACUACUCUAACUGUCACGGGUCCACCAGGGCCACCAGGACCUCAAGGACUACAAGGACUAAAGGGUGAACCAGGAUCCCCAGGAAUUCCAGGAACUGAUGGGGAUCAGGGUCAGAAAGGCUCAAAGGGAGACGUGGGUGAGCCUGGCAUGUCAGGAGAAAAGGGUGGAAUUGGACUGCCCGGCUUACCAGGAGCCAAUGGUAUGAAAGGAGAAAAAGGAGAUGUUGGUUUGCCGGGUCCUCAAGGUCCUUCUAUCAUAGGACCACCUGGAUCACCAGGUCCACAUGGUCCACCAGGCCCUAUGGGACCCCAUGGACUGCCUGGCCCAAAGGGUAUAGAUGGCCCAAUUGGUCCACACGGCCCCGCAGGUCCUAAAGGAGACAGAGGUGAAAAGGGAGCUGUAGGUGACCCUGGACCCAGAGGACCAUAUGGUUUGCCUGGCAAAGAUGGCGAGCCUGGCCUUGAUGGUUUCCCUGGUCCUCGAGGAGAAAAGGGUGAUGUAGGAGAAAAGGGAGAAAAGGGAUUCCGUGGAAUUAAGGGGGAAAAAGGGGAGCCAGGCCAGCCUGGCCUGGAUGGGCUGGAUGCCCCUUGCCAAUUGGGGCCAGAUGGAUUACCAAUGCCUGGCUGUUGGCAAAAGCAUUCCUUCGAUACAGUUUUGUUCUGUGUAAUUUGGGAACUGGCUGAAAAGUUUAUUGACAAGCCUUUUCAGCUGUAA